CUACGACUUACAGGCCAUGCCGACCAACACACCAGUGAAACCCGCAAUGCUGAGAAGUGACCGUUUCACUCACUUCUGGGGCUGCCAGCGUCCUUGGUUACCACUCAAGGGGCUGCGCUCUCUACAGCUCCACUCCGGUCCGGAGCGCAUCCCCAGCGCCACCUCGCGUCGCGGGAAGAAAAGGGCGCCGCCAGCAGACACCUGUGGGUCCUUCCUUCCCCGCGUUCCGGCAAAGUUCCAAUGGUCCUGUAAAGAAGUCCAUGCGUGAGAAGGCUGUUGAGAGAAGGAAUGUCAAUAAAGAGCACAACAGUAACUUCAAAGCUGGAUAUAUUCCAAUUGAUGAAGAUCGCCUCCAUAAAACGGGCUUGAGAGGGAGAAAGGGCAACCUGGCCAUCUGUGUGAUUAUCCUCUUGUUUAUCCUGGCCGUCAUCAACUUAAUUAUAACACUUGUUAUCUGGUCUGUGAUUCGCAUUGGACCGAAUGGCUGUGACAGCAUGGAGUUUCAUGAAAGUGGCCUGCUUCGAUUUAAGCAAGUAUCUGACAUGGGCGUUAUCCACCCUCUUUAUAAGAGCACAGUAGGAGGAAGGCGAAAUGAAAAUUUGGUCAUCACUGGCAACAACCAGCCUAUUGUUUUUCAGCAAGGGACAACAAAACUCAGUGUAGAAAAGAACAAAACUUCUAUUACAAGUGACAUUGGUAUGCAGUUUUUCGACCCAAGGACUCAGAAUAUUUUAUUCAGCACAGACUAUGAAACUCAUGAGUUUCAUUUGCCAAGUGGAGUGAAAAGUUUGAAUGUUCAAAAAGCAUCUACUGAAAGGAUUACAAGCAAUGCCACUAGUGAUUUAAAUAUAAAAGUUGAUGGACGUGCUAUAGUGCGUGGAAAUGAAGGAGUGUUCAUUAUGGGCAAAACCAUUGAAUUUCACAUGGGUGGUAAUAUGGAGUUAAAAGCAGAAAACAGCAUCAUCCUCAAUGGGUCCGUGAUGGUUAGCACCACUCGCCUGCCUACUUCCUCCAGUGGGGACCAGUUCGGGGCUGGGGAGUGGGUGCGCUACAAGCUCUGCAUGUGCGCCGACGGGACUCUCUUCAAAGUGCAAGUGACCGGCCAGAACAUGGGCUGCCAGGUCUCAGACCACCCCUGUGGGAACACUCAUUAGAAGAACCCGAGAGGUCCUCCAUAUGUUCAGAUCUUGACUUGACGUUUUUUUAAGAGUAUGCAUGCAAUUAUGUUUUUACAGAGUUUGUGAUACUGGUAAUUAUUUUAUCUGCAGAGCACUACUGUAUCUGUUACACAGUCUCCAUAUUUAAAACAGUCUCAGAGAGCCUAAAUUUAAUACACCUUUCAUUAAGUUGCACUGAUCUUCAAGUUAACAUUUUCUAAAAUAAUUAUCAGAAGUGAAUAAAAUCCAAAAUUUUUAAAAGUGUUUUUAAAACUCCACUAUUCCUUGUCUAAAAGAUGAAGGGCUGAAGCAACUGUUAGAUUCAAUGUGAGUAAACUUUCGGUAACUAAUGGGCAUAGACCCCCUUGAGAUGUUUAAAAGGUACACUGUCAAUAAAUGUUACAUGCUCUCUUUUGGCUUCUAAGAGGCAAGACAGGUUUUUAGUGCAUUAACUUUCCACCACAUUCUCACUGCACAUAUGUGAGGUGGUAAAAGACCGUGGUUCCUUAGUUUGCACUAGGAAGAAAAUACUCUGUAAUAGAAUGUUUACUUGUUAAAUAUUAAUAUUAACUGUUCACUGUGUGGUAGAAAUUAAAAUACCAUCCUAGCUUUAACUUUUAGAUAAUGAUGACAGUUGUCAUUCAUCAAGCUUCUUAUACAUCCUAGGCAUUGUCUAGGCAUUGCAUGUGUACUCUCUCUAAUUCUCACUCGAGCUCUGUAACUAGACAUUAUUGUCCCAAUUUUUACCAUUAGGAAAUUGAGGAUCAGACAGUUAAGAAACUUGCCUGAUCUCACAGUUACUGAUUGGUAAAAAAAUAGCAGAGUUGGGAUUCAAACCUAGAUACACUGCAUCCAAAUACCUUGUUAUUUUCACUUAAUGCAUUGGUUUCAAUUAUUUAAAACUCUACAAAGAUGAACAAAGACAAAUUCAGACUUACAGAUAAGAAUCAAAUCAACUUUAGACAAUAAACUUUAAAAAAGGAAAUCAAGCAGGUAUACUUACUCUGGUUAAAAAAACAGUCAGCCUCAUGUUUAAAAAAAAAAAAAAAAAAGGCCAAUCCUUUCAGAUUUUAAACUCUCCUAAGCCAGUUCCAAAAUGUCAAAUUGGCCUGGUUGUGGGUUACCCAGUUUCCUGACUGGUGGGCCGUGGCGCACUGAGUACCUGAAUUGGGGAAAGGGGGCUGCCAAACACUUACACCCUCCGCCCCCAGGGCAGCACAGCAAGAAGGGGCAAGUUCUGCUGUCCAGGAAUGGCUGGUAGUGCACCCCAGUGUGCACCAUAUGAUUACCACCCCUUUUCAUGUGUGCCACGCCUUGAAAAAAGUUGGGAUGCACUGGACUAAGGGUGCAGUGCAGAAAAUAAUACACGUCAGUUUUUAAGUAUGAGAAUUGAUCUCUGUUCUAACAUCACCAUCCCACUGUAAUGAUUUUCAACCUUCAAGUCAGUGAUUUUUAAUGUAUUUUCUAUUCAACUUGAAAGGCACUCUCUGGUGUUAUUAAGACAUGCACAGUAUCAAGGACAGAGACUUUGAAGUAGUGUGCUGUAAGGAGGCAGUAGUGAUAAAUCGUUGGCCCCGGCCUGCAUUCUGGCAUGGACACUUUGAGCUGUGUGGAUAGGAAAAUCAAUACAAAAACAAUUUGCAUUCAGUAUGUUACAGUUCUCUCUGACAGAACAACCCAAUGCCUUAGAGAUUAUGAGUAGUGUACUAAAGUAUACUAAAAUAGAAACUGACUUGCUAUACAAUACUGAGUGCAGUUUUUAAAUGAAGAAGAAAGAGAAAGAAAUUUUUGACCUCUGGGUAUUAUAGUUGCAGUGAUAUUCAGAACCUAUUUUAAUAUAUUCAGUACCAAUUAACAUCUGAGUGAUAUUAAAGAAAAAAAUCAUUGAAAUUUUCAUUCAGAUGCUUAGUAUAUUUUUAAGUUUUACAUUCAUCACUUGUCUGCUCUAUUUAGAUUUGUUUUUAAUAUUUCUUUAAAUAUUUUUACAAAAACUACAAAACACUAUCUUAACAAUGUUUUAUUUAUUGAAUAUAAUUCAUGAAAUCUAUUUUUGCUCCUCUUUGAGAAAUACUUCUGUUUUUGAUACAUCUCCAUUAAGUGCUUUUGACAAAGGAUAUUUUGAUAUUUUAUAGAACUGAUUGUUAAGGUAACAGGUAUAGUAUUUGAGGACACUUUGAAGGUCGUCCUUGCCUUUUCACUAAAAUGUAGAGUGGAAGAUUCACAGAGAGCAGAUCAAGAACAAACCAUCCUUUUUACCUGUGACCUAUUUUGCAUAACAGUAAAGCUUCAGCUACUCAUUCUCACCACCAGAUGGUAUUUUUCUAUAAACUGAAAUGUUACCUUCCUCCUUCUACCAGCUGUUCCUCCCCCACGCUGAGCACUGCUGUGACUAGCAGCAGGCUGGGGGAGAGGGCUAGUGCGGUACUUCAGAGGUGGAUUGCAGCGGUCAGGGGGACACAUGACAUGAAAGCAAGAUAGUUUAGAGCAGGUAGGAAAAUACAAAGCGACAAAGGUGGGGACUGCCCAUGUAUGGUCUGUAAUACUUAAAAUACACUUAUUUGUAUUCUUCUGCAUUGUAAAACAAUAUUUGUGUAAUAACUUUGAUUAUAAAAGGUGGAAGUUCUACCUUGUUUUGAAUGAGUUUUCUUAAGAGGGUAAGGAUGUUCUGGUGCUAAACUUGACAGAAAGGAGACCAUUGAUAUGCUGAUCAUUUUAGCAAUCUUUUUAAAAGUGCUGCAGGCGCAAAGAUGACAAGUUAUGCCAAACAAAAAUAAACCUAUCAAUCUGAUUCAGAUUGCUAAUUUUGAGUUUCAGUUCAGUUUGUAACAACUAUUAAUGACCUCUGUUUACAAUAAAGAUUCUGUCAACUGUU